UCAUAAAAGUGACCAUCACAUUGAUAAUCAUUUUUAAAUUCCUUUAUCUCAACAAUUAUCACGCGAAAAUUAUGUAGCAGUGCUAAUAGUUUAAUUCAGUUAGUAGGACUUAGUAUUUAUAAACCAGUAGUUUUAUUAUAAUGAGUCAUACUAAUAAAAAUUCAAUAUGGAAACUCCAAGAAGGAACACUGACGAUGUUCAUUGGAGAAGUAAUUGGCACCACCAUUUUAAUUUUCAUUGGAUGUAUGGGAGGUAUAGGUACCAUGGGCCCAGCUCCCCCUCCACCGAUGCAAAGUGCGUUAACGUUUGGUCUUACAGUUAAUAUGAUCAUUAUGAUGCUUGGACACAUCAGUGGUGCACAUUUAAAUCCUGCUGUAACAAUUGGUGCUGCCAUAGUAGGAUUAAAAACUAUCCCAACUAGUGUUGUCUAUAUUAUAGGGCAAUUUAUCGGAGCCAUUGCAGGAUACGGUUUGUUAAAAAUAGUUACACCAGAUGAUUUAUUUAACGAUGGCAUGGCCAAUUCAACAACUCCAUUAUGCGUAACUGUAAUACAUCAAGGUGUAACAAUAGUUCAAGCAAUUUUGAUAGAAGCUAUUUGUACUGGAAUCAUUUUGUGUACUGCUUGUGCUACUUGGGAUGAAAGAUGUGCACAUACUACUGAUUCUACUGCUCUUCGAUUUGGUUUCUCUGUUGCUGCUUUAUCAUUUGCUGCAAGUCCUUAUACCGGAUGCAGCAUGAAUCCAGCCAGAACUUUCGGUCCUGCACUUUGGAAUGGGGCGUGGGAUGAUCAAUGGGUAUAUUGGAUCGGCCCAACCCUUGGUGCUUUACUUGGAACAUAUACAUAUCAAGUAUUCUUUAGUAUACCAAACAGGAAGAUCAGUUCAAGUCAUAUUGAACUAGCUGAUAUUCAAAGUGAUUCAGCCGAUGAGAUUAAAAAACCAUGAAACGCUAGUUUAAUAAUUUUUAUUACUUCACGAUAAAAACAAUCGUUAUCUAUUUUAUCAAUCAUUGAUUUAAUAAAAUCUACAUAUUCAUGUACUUUAAAGGAUAUUAAUUGCUGAUAAAAUUCUCUAAAUUAUGAUUAUGAUUUUUUUUCAUUUGUGACGAAAACUUUUAGAUUGGCCUUCCUGCCUGGACUUGAAAAGUCUUAAUUUUAAACUGUUUUCAAGCUGAUCACGCUCCAAUUAUAGAGCAUAAUUUCAACCUGAAAAGCCUGAUUUGACGCAUUGGUCAAACUGAAUAGCCUGAGUAAUUGAUUGUAUUUUCAAGCUUAAUUUUAGUCUGAUGGUCCUGAAAAGUGAAAUAUGACGACCUUCCAGUCUAAGUCCAGGCUCAUUUUAUAAUGUAUUUUAAUUAGCAACUUCUUAUUUUUUUCAACUGUUGGCUAUACUAGCAGCUGAACCAGUUUAAAAUAAUACUGAAACUUUUCGACUCGGGAUGUUUUCGAGCUCUUUGAGCUCAAAAACAGCGGGAAAUUUCGGGAACCAGUUUCCAGAUUUUUUCACACAGGUAUUUUAAAAUAGUGUAUUAACAAUUUAAUGUUGCAUCAAUAAAAUCUCAUUUGAUCUAAUGCAUGAAUAAGACACAAAUUUAAAAAAUCUUCAAUAAAUUUUUUUCGAAUAACAUUAGACUAUAAUAUUAAUUGAAAAGAAAAAAAAAUAUCAAAUUAAAGUACAAGACAACUCAUCGUUGAACGUCUAUCCGAACAGCCAUCAAUUAUUUCGCUCAUAAGUUUUGUCACAACACACAACCGUUUAUAAUAGUAAAAUAAUAAAAACUUUUUUUUAACGAGGGGUGACACCUCGUUAUAAAAUUAUCAAGCUGUAUUAAUAGUAGCCACUUUUCUACUGCAUUUCAAUAUUUAUAAAUAUAUAAACAGCAAGUGAAGUUUGUGUUUUCGGUGAAACUCUCUUUCGACAAAAAGAAACAUCAAUUAUGAAAAUACAUUGCAUCUAUAUACCCUACGUCGAAACCACCAUAAAAAAUUUUAUGUUUUUACUCUUAUUUCUAUAACGAUUCUCUCGACGGUUCCCAUAAAAUUUUCAAUAGCUGUUUAAUCUAUUAUUUAUUUAUUUAUAAUCUUCAACAAGCUACUUUAACUACAAUUGAUAGUUUUUUAAUCCAUACAAUUACCUGAAAUUGGUACUGAAGUAAAAAUUUAAAGAUAAUUUGUAUGUAUUACCAUAGAUCGGUAUCAACCGGUGUGACUAUUGUUUUCAUCAUUUUUGUAAAUAAUUUGCGGUUUUACUCUAAAAUAUUAUGAUUGUUAUUGAAGCAAAUGACCUUCACAAGCUUCGUACAAUAAAACAAUUAUUAGAGGUUAUUCGGAAUUUAUAAAAUUUUUCAAAACUUGAAAAAUAGCUUUUUAUUAUUAUUCAUGAUUAAUUUGUGAUUAACACUCAUCAGUAUACUUAAAUACCCAAAAAUUGGAUUAAAAUAGUAACAUUAAGUAGCUGUUUAAAAAUUUUUAAUCAUCAAUUU